AUGUCAUUCCCAAAACAAGACAUAACCCAACCAUUCAACUUCCCAAAGGAGGAGGAGAAGGUUAUCGCCUACUGGCGCGAGAUAGAUGCUUUCCAGACAAGUUUGAAGCUAUCCGAAGGCAAACCAGAAUAUGUCUUCUUCGACGGUCCUCCUUUCGCGACUGGUCUGCCUCACUAUGGUCACCUUCUCGCGGGUACCAUCAAGGAUAUAGUCACUCGACAUGCUCAUGUAACAGGCCAUCAUGUCACGCGUCGAUUUGGAUGGGACACUCACGGUCUCCCCGUCGAGCAUGAGAUCGAUAAGAGACUUGGAAUCACUGGAAAGAAAGACGUUAUGGCUAUGGGAAUCGACAAAUACAAUGCAGAAUGUCGUGCCAUCGUCAUGCGUUACGCGUCAGAGUGGCGCAUCACUGUCGAGCGCAUGGGCCGAUGGAUUGACUUCGACAACGACUAUAAAACGCUAAACACGCCUUUCAUGGAAAGUGAAUGGUGGGCAUUCUCAGAACUCUGGAAAAAGGGCAUGGUGUAUCGUGGCCAGCGCGUCAUGCCUUAUUCUACGGGAUGCACCACCCCACUUUCCAACUUCGAGGCAGGGCUAGAUUACAAGGAUGUAAACGAUCCUGCAGUUACCAUCGCAUUCCCGCUAGUCGAUGAUCCUAGUACAUCGCUUCUAGCAUGGACGACUACGCCAUGGACCCUCCCAUCCAAUCUAGCGCUGUGUGUUCACCCCGAACUCACUUACAUCAAGAUUCAUGAUGAAGAACACAACGCAAAUUAUAUACUUUGUGAUCAACUUCUUGGGACUCUCUACAAAGAUCCAAAGAAAGCCAAAUUCAAGAAGCUAGCAUCUUACAAGGGUAUCGAGAUGAAGGGAUGGAGAUAUGCACCACUCUUCGAGUAUUUCACAGAACAGUAUAAAGAUCGCGCGUUUCGCGUCUUUGUGGAUACGUAUGUCACGGCGACGGACGGUACAGGUAUCGUACAGCAAGCCCCGGCAUUUGGUGAAGAUGACGCUCGCGUUGCUAUCGAAAAUGGUGUCCUUGCUCCCGAAGAGAUGCCUCCUUGCCCCUUAGACGAUGGUGGUAAAUUCAUCAAGCCAGUCACCGAUUUCGAGGGCAUGUUCAUCAAAGUUGCAGAUAAAGAGAUCAUGAAGGUCUUGAAGGCGAAAGGUCGUGUCAUCGUGCAAUCGACCAUCAAGCAUUCCUAUCCGUUCUGCUGGCGAUCAGGAACACCCUUAAUCUAUCGUGCCGUGCCCUCAUGGUUCAUCCGCGUACAACCUAUCGUAGACCAGCUUGUUACUAACAACCUGAACACGCUAUGGGUGCCCCAAAAUAUCAAGGAUGGUCGAUUUGGAAACUGGCUAGCCAAUGCGCGUGACUGGAAUGUAUCUAGAAACCGGUACUGGGGCACACCACUACCUCUGUGGGUCAGCGAUGACUACGAAGAGGUUGUCUGCAUCGGCUCCAUCGCCGAACUCGAGGAGCUGACUGGUGUCACUGGCCUUACAGACAUUCACCGCGAAAAAAUUGAUCAUCUGACUAUUCCUUCGAAGAUGGGCAAGGGCGUCUUGAGGCGCGUGGAGGAAGUCUUCGACUGUUGGUUUGAAUCUGGAAGCAUGCCAUAUGCGUCAGCACAUUACCCAUUCGAAAAUAGGGAGUCUUUCCUCAAUAAUUUCCCUGGUGACUUCGUGUCAGAGGGUAUCGAUCAGACUCGGGGUUGGUUCUACACAUUGCUUAUUCUCUCAACUCAUCUCUUCGGUACUGCACCGUGGAAGAAUUUAAUUGUCACCGGUCUCGUGCUUGCCGCCGAUGGAAAGAAGAUGAGCAAAAGUCUUAGAAAUUACCCCGACCCUCAUAUCAUCUUUGACCAAUACGGUGCGGACGCUACUAGAAUGUUCCUGGUCAACUCUCCCAUCGUGCGGGGUGAAAACUUGCGCUUCCGCGAGGAAGGUGUUCGGGAUGUUAUCUCUCGCGUCCUUCUUCCCUGGUUGAACUCCGUCCGAUUCUUCGUUGGUCAAGUGACGCUUCUUGACAAAACUACUGGCGUGCAGUUCAUGUACAACCCACACGCUCCUGUGUCAAACAACGUCAUGGAUCGAUGGAUCCUUGCUCGGUGUCAAUCUCUUAUCAAACUCGUGAAGGAUGAGAUGAAGGCUUACAGGCUCUACACCAUCUUGCCGCGGCUCCUCGAUCUUAUCGACGAGCUGACGAACUGGUACAUCCGGUUCAACCGACGGAGAUUGAAGGGUGAGGAUGGCAAAGAGGACACGAUUGCCGCUCUCAACACGCUUUUCGAGACACUGUUCACCCUUUGCAGGACUAUGUCCUCGUACACGCCUUUCAUGACGGAGAACCUAUACCAAACUCUGCGCGAAUAUAUCCCAGAGGAUCCUUCCGUUCCUGAUGCACGAUCAGUUCACUUCCUGAUGUUCCCCGACGUCAAGGAAGAGUACUUCGAUGAGGUGAUCGAGCGCCAGGUGAAGCGUAUGCAAGCUGUGAUUGAUCUUACCCGGUAUAUCCGGGAGAAGCAUAACUUAUCCUUGAAGACGCCUCUCAGAGAACUCCUUAUCUUCCAUCCUGAGGAGCAGUACAUCGCCGAUGUACAGUCUCUGCAACGUUAUAUCCAAUCAGAGCUUAACGUACGCGACGUGGUGUUUACCACCGAUGAGGCCGCAUGUGGCAUUGGAUACCGAGCUGUCGCAGAUUGGGGUACGCUAGGCCGCAAACUGCGUAAGGAUCUCGGACGCGUUAAAAAUGCACUUCCCAACGUUUCCUCCGCUGAUGUCAAGGGAUACAUCGACUCAGGGAAGCUCACAGUUGAUGGCAUCGAGCUAGUCACUGGUGACCUGACCGUACAACGCUACCUCGAGUUACCACCUACUUCUGAAGGCCAGUAUGCAACCCAUACCGAUAAUGACGUUGUGGUCAGACUGGAUGUUCAAGUCCACCCUGAGCUGAUGAGCGAAUGGCUUGCACGAGAAGUCAUCAACCGGGUGCAGAAGCUCCGGAAAAAAGCUGGCCUACAAGCCACUGAUGAUAUGAACGUGUACUACUGCUUUGAGGAGGGUUCGGGGGCAGAGGUGCAAGACGCCCUCAAGGAGCACACAGAAGUCAUCCAGAAGACCAUCCGUAGCGUGCCUGCUGAUGUGAAAACUAGAAAUGGUGGGGAACUUGUGAUCGAAGAGGAACAGGAAGUGGCAGACGUCAAGUUCACGCUGUCAUUGAUUCGGGCAUAGUAAGUUCAAAGGGCUAGAAGUAGACAAGAUUCAGGUGGCAGAAUUUGUACAUUACCU